ACUUAUAAACAAACCAUCCAUAUUAUACUCCACUAGAAGAGGUACAAACUUUCUCCAAAUUAAUAGCAUCUUCCCCCUUGAUUUUUUCAACUCAUUAUUCUAAUGUUUAACACUCUUUCUCAAAGGACCAACUCAUAAUCUCUUUAUAUUUCCUUCUUUUCUAACGUGCUUCCUCUUUUUUUUUCUUUUUUUUUUCUCUCUCUUUCUUUUUGGAGAAACAAUUAGCAGUGGAGAGCCAGCCCAUGGCUGCCUGUAGAAGCCUUCAGCACAUAUUUGAACACACAUUACAACCAGAAAGCCCAACACUGCUUGGAACCCUCUCUUCCUGUAAACAAAUCAUGCCUGCAGCUGCUGCUAUUCGACCUACUGAGCAAUCUUCAGUCGCUGAAAUCUUUGGUGAACUCCAUUUCAAAGAAAACUCUGAAUUACCCUUUCCUUCCGCAAUAUUGAAGCACUCCAGGGAGGGUGAAAACACUAGAAGCUCAAGCACCCCAAAGACCAUGGGCCAUAAAAAGAGCUACUCAUUAAACACUGAGAGCCUGCAACUGUGCACUGAAGGAAUGGAUUUGGAGAGCUGUGGUGAGAUGAAACAAGAGCGGCAAAGCAGCAAAGGGGAGAUAGAUACAGGAAGCAGCAUAAUAGAUAAAAGGCAGGGAGAACUGAGGAUGAUUAGGUCAAGAAGAUCAAAAAGUAUAGGAGAAUUUCCACCACCCAUUCCUAGUAUUGGGAACUGUGGAAAGCCUUGGGUAUCAUUCAAAUCAUACAGGCAAGAUGGCAGGUUUGUGCUGAAACAGGUGAGAAUUCCUACACAAGAAAUGUUACAUGCAUGUAGGGAAGAUGGGCGGUUGAAGCUGCAGUUUAUGCAGCAAAGUGAUGAAUCUAUGCAACAACAAGGAUUUGAGGAAGAAGGAUUAUUAAUCAAUGAUGUAAUUGGUGAAGCUAAAGAGCAAUGCCAAGCCUCCUAACUAUCAGAGGUUACUCAAGUUUAUUUAGCCAAAUUGCAUUAUAAAAGGAGGAAUAAUUACUUUGUAAGGUUGAUUUUGCUUCAUGUAAUAAAUAUGAAAAGAACCUACUUUUCUUGAUGUAAUUUUUUUUUUGACAGAAUCUUGCUGUAUUUUAGAUAUUUUAAAUUAUUGCAAAAUCAAUAAAUUAAAACUCACUCAUAACAAGAUAAA